AUGCCCUCAAUCACGGUUAGUAGCGUGCCAGGUUCGGAAUACGACUGGGGAACGCAACCCAAACUUGUUUGCAUCCCGAUCCCAGUGGAUGCUGACCCAAGCUGUUUAACCCCAAGUGGGGCUGCUCAUGGGCCUAGCAGCAAUGGCCAUACAGAUGGGCAGGCAAAUGGACAUCACGGGCCGCCAAAUAGCCACACCAGUAGUAGUAACCAACAUGGCAUGUCUGACGAGGCCAAAGCCACCAUCCUUCACCUUAGGGAGAGCCUUGUACGACAGAAGGAAACCAUCCUGGAUCAGCGGAAAACCAUCCAGGAACUGACAGCUAAACUGACCCUCUGUGAGGGCUUUGGGAGAGGGCAUCAUGAUGAUAACCACCAUGUGCCACCAAGCCACAACUCUCAUCAUUCCUCACAUCACUAUGCCGAUCCACACUUCCCUUUGAAUGGGCACCGCAAUGACCAUCACAGAGGCAAAUCUCCAUAUCUGGGCAAACAUGGAGGCUUCUCCCCUGAACAAACAGGAAGGACUCUGCAGGCUUUGAAAGAGAGGCUGGAAAAUCUUCAGACAAGAAAUUCUUCCAGUUCCUACUCAAGUUCUUUGAGAGAUCUCCUACAGCGCAAGAUCAACGCGCUUGAAGAACAGCUCCAUCAUCACUAUGAGAGCGACCAUAACAACGGUCACCACGACAAUCAUCACGGACAUGAUGACCACCGUAAUAAUCACCACAACAGCCAUGAUAGUCACCAUGGCAACCACCAUGCCAAUCAUCAUGAUGACCAUCACUCCAGUCCCAAUUAUAACCCCCAUUACAGUUAUCUCUACGACCGCCGCAACGAUCACCAUGAAAACCAUCAUAAUGGUCAAGAUGACCACCAUGACAGCAACCAUGAAGAUCACCAUGAUAAUCAUCAAAACGGUCACGAUGACCACCAUGAUGAGGAUGUUCAUCAAAACAAUGGUCACGACCAUGAUGGACAUCAAGAAAGUGAUGACCAUGGCAACCAUCGGCAGAUUCCCUACAAACCAACCGGGUCAAGAUUAUCCGGUCGUGGAGCACACAAUAAGCUAGAAACUGUGUUUAGCAAUCUGUACAAGAUUCCUGAAACAGAACCCAACAAAAAGCACAAGAAUCCUGACGCUUUUCAGAUCGGUUUCCCAAUGCGCACCAACUACAUGUAUGGCCGAAUCAAGCGCACACUUUUGAACGAGAUCUUCGCCCUGACAGUCUGUCUUUGGCUGAAAGGGGGCUCAGGUCCUGGGAUAGGAACGCCGUUUUCUUACUCUGUCCCAGGACAAGCCAACGAACUUGUCCUGAUUGAGUGGGGAAACAAUCCAAUGGAGCUCCUAGUGAAUGACAAGGCUGUCACUCUUCCUCUUUCUCUGACGGACAGUAAGUGGCAUCAUCUCUGCGUGACAUGGUCCACACGUGACGGCACGUGGGAGGCUUAUCAGGAUGGUGUGAAAAGGGGCUCUGGGGAAAAUCUGUCUCCUUGGCAUUCAAUUAAACCAGGAGGGGUCUUUAUUCUUGGACAGGAACAGGACACUCUGGGUGGCCGAUUUGAUGCCACGCAGUCUUUCGUGGGCGAAAUGUCAGACCUGCAGCUGUGGUCACGUGUGCUCACUUCUGCCGAGAUCUUCAACCAAGCUUCCUGCUCAAGCCACCUCACCGGUGAUGUCAUCACCUGGAGUGAACCAAUAGUUGAACUCCAUGGGGGUGUUAUGAAGUAUCCAUUCGAUCCUUGUCAUUAAGGAUUGAUCAUUAUUGCCAUGCAGUUCACUUUACCCCAAAAGAGCUGCAGAUGAGGUCAAAACCACUAAGUAGAUAUCUCUGCUUUACCUGCAACUAACAGGUGGAUGGUUAUGAAUCCACAGUGCAAUACUAGGCAGGACUACAGUUUGUUGAAGAGAUUUCCAAGGUUGGCUAAUAGGAUUUCAGAAAGGUCCACAUAGGCCUUUGGCAUUUAACUAAGCACUUUAUUAGUUUAAGUGUCUCAAGUACUACAUACUGCAUAUCGAUAAGCAGUGGGGAUGUCAACACACUGGUUGAACUCUGUUGCAUGUUUUUAUCACGCUUGCAAGUUUUCAAUGUCUAGCUGGAAGUUUUGCAUUACAUAAUUUAUGCUGCAUUUUAUGAAUGCAUCACAUUUGAAGAUUUUAUGAUGGCUCUGUUAUGUUUUUUGUACUGCUUUAGGGUUUUUUUUUGUAUUAUAUACACAAGUCACAAGUGUAGUCUAUGGACAGGUGGACUGCUGUCUUGGGUUUACAUAUGCACAUGCCAGGAAACUACUUUAGCAGCUGAAUGAAAAUGUUGAGGUGUCCAUGGCAACACGGCUUUAAGGCAGAUUAAAGGGCUGAACAGCUCCAUCUCUCUCUCCCUC